GUCUUCUGAAGGGAAACGUGUCAAAUGUCAGGAGAGAUCCCGCCCCCCAUGUCAGGCACCUGCAGCUGCUUUCUAAUUGGCCACAUGUACAUAUUCGGAGGAUAUGAUGACACGGGACAGACCAAUCAGCUUUACCGUGUCAACCUCCUGGAUGGGGACUACAGAUGGAAGAACGUGAAAGCUGAGAGUGGCUCUCCUCCUUCACCCAGAGAUAAGCUGUGCUGCUGGGUUUUCAACAACAGGGUCACCUACUUUGGUGGAUAUGGUCACAAGACACUUGAUGACAUCAUGGAUGACCAAAGCUUCAUCGUGGACACGGCAUCAUUGGAGCAGAACGUUGGUUGGGGAUGGAACAAUGAAGUGCACGUUUUUGAUACAACACUAGCCAGCUGGAGGGAACCACAGAGCUCUGGUCGUGCUCCUGCCCCCAGAGCUGCCCAUGCAGGUGCAACACUUGGUCAUAAAGGGUAUGUCUAUGGGGGCAGAUUACUGGAAACCACACCAAGUGACAUUCAUUGUCUAGAUCUAGAAUCAUGGACAUGGUCUGAAAUAGUGCCAACAUCCACUGUGCCAGGGGGAAGGUCGUGGCACAGCCUCACUGCAGUAUCUGAUAACACUUUGUUUCUAUUUGGUGGACUGAAUGUGGACUGCAAACCAAUGAGUGAUAGAUGGGUUUUAGAUGUUGACACAAAGACAUGGAGGGAGUUUGACCAUCCAAACAACAACAAACCAAGGUUGUGGCACACAGCAAGCCAAGCAAAGGACUCUGACGUCGUUGUGUUUGGGGGUAGUUGUGACUACGUCCUCCUAGUAGGAACGUAUGAGAAUUUGACGGGCCACAGCAACGAUGCACUUGUUUUCCAGACCCAGCCUUAUCCUCUCUUUCGGAUAUGUGUGGACUGCAUAGCAAAGAAUGUGAAUAACUUCAAGAUGCUUCAAAACCAGCUUCCAUCUCUGCCCCGGAAACUACUGGAAGCUGUACAGAGGAGAACAUCCAGAAUUAUAUAAUACAUAUAGUGCAUUCAGAAAGUAUUCAGACACGUUUCCCCCAUUUUGUUAUGUUACAGCCUUAAUCUAAAAUGGAUUAAAUUGUUUUUUCCCCCUCAUCAAUCUACACACAAUAACCCAUAAUGACAAAGCAAAAAUAGGUUUUUAGACAUUUUUGAAAAUGUAUAAAACAUAUUUUUUUGUGAAAUAUCACAUUUCCGAAAGUAUUCAGACCCUUUACUCAGUACUAUGUUAAAGUAAUUUUGGUAACGAUUACAGUCUCGAGUCUUAAUUGGGUAUGACGCUACAAGCUUGGCACACCUGUAUUUGGGGAGCUUCUCCCAUUCCUCUCUGCAGAUCCUCUCAAGCUCUGUCAGGUUGAAUGGGGAACGCCUCUGCACAGCUAUUUUCAGGUC